GCUUUACCAGGAAUUGCGUUUAAAUAUGCACCAGUCAUGCGCACAUUUUGCAGUGUUUCAAGAUAGUGAAACCGAACGGCGUUUUGAAUUUGUAGGGAAGAAAUCAAGAAAAGCAACCUAUAACGGUAAGACAGAUAAGCUCGAACUCACAAGAAGAAACAUGAAGGCUUUCAAGAGUUUUGUACUUGUUGUCUGUGUUUGUCUUAUUCUGAAUGGAAACGUCGCUUCCGCAGUAAGUGUUUUUAAAAUUAUAGAUAUAUUGGCAACGAGUUUUACCUGUAGCAAUUAAUAAAAGUGCGUCACUGUCAAACGGCCACUGAAACGCUUGCAGUUUGCACUACGUUUUAAGACUAUGGAGUAGUAUAUAUCUGUCUUCUUAACUUUUGCUUGAAACGUGAAACGUCUAGUAAAUAUAUAUUAGUUCGAAUUCUAUCAAAUCAGUUAUGUAGCCUUCUGAUUGAAGAAGCCAUGCAUAUGUCGAAGACGAAGGAUACAUGACUGUCUGAAAAAUAUAGUCUACAUUUAACAAUAUACAUAACCCUAAAUUGCCGUGAUUUUUUGUUUGAACUAACUGAAAAAAAGUUGAAAACACUUCGACUGGCAAUCUGAGGAGUUCAGGGGUUCGUUAAAACCCGGAUCAAACAAGGAUGAGAGUUCAUGAUACUACCGUGCAUGAUAAGUUGCCGGGCAGUCGCGCAAUAGACCUUUCCCCUUAUAACCAAAAUUUUGAUCUAGGCAAGUCUAGACAAAUAUUUCAUCACAGCUUGAAAGAGCAUCACAAAAUUAGUAAUAUUCCAAAGUUUCGUUGCGAAAUGUUGUAAAAUGCGGAUAAUAUAGCCUUGCGAAAUUUGCAAUUUUCAGUCAUUUUAGAUUACAAACGGGAAAUUGCAGCCCCAACACCCGAAUCGUAUGUCAAUUUCCCGUUUGUAAUACCAUAGUUAAUAUAUACUGACCGGGUUUGGAAGGCUGGGUCACGUGACGAAAUAUGUUGGAUUUUUGGUCACGUGGAACAUAUAGGGCAUUCGUGCAUUUUGUAAACAAUCGUCCAUAGUAAUUCUAUACAAAGAGUGUUGAAUUACCAUAUGUUGCGAAACGAAAAAAGCUGUUGGUUUGGCGAUAUUUUUUACAAUGCCCGGAGCUAAUUGCUCAAUAUUUGGUUGUGGAACCAGCAGAAAGCAUGUUGGGCUCGGAAUCUUUCGAAUUCCGUCUGGCAAAGACGAGUUAUCAACGAGAACUCGAGAGGCUUGGCUGAACGUCAUCACAAAGGAUCGAGUUGUGGACAAACGUUUACGUCGCCAGAUCGACACAGGCGAGCUGUAUGUUUGCGAGAAACAUUUCAAGACUGAAGAAAUUGAUUGUCGUAAGUGUAUUCUUAUUUUGCCCCCGUAAACAAUGAGUAAAACUGUGCGAAAAAGCGGCGAAAACGUGAAACAAAUAUGUCAAUGAACAGACACCCCAGGACAAUGAAUUCCUUUGUGUAAAAUAUAAACUCAAAUAUCAAAUGAUAAAUUGUAGGGAUUGUAGGAUUUUGUGGCACUGCCACUGAUCAAAGCGUUUUUUCACAUAGUUCGAAUAUAUUAAUUACAGAGUGUAGAGAAUAAUAAGCACUUUUUAUGCAUGAACUAUCGCGGAAUCUACAUAAUAUCCGGCUGUAUGUACGUCUCUCAAGCACAACGAGGCUUGCCGCUUGUGGGGUUGAACUUUAGUCAGCUGUAAGCGAUACUUAGCGAUUGUAUAAACUUGCAUGUUAAACUUUAGAUAGUUCGUUGAAAUACCAGACAUAGACUGUCAUAGUUCAAUAGAGAUAAUAGUUUCAAAUAAGGCAUAGCAUACAUACAAAGUACCCUAUGGUUAUAGGCAUUUUAAACACGUUUUAUUAUAAAUCAAUAUCCUAAAUAUUGAAAGACUGAAUCUUUUGAAUUUAGGUGUUAUAUACCAACAUAUAUUCCAUGCAACAAUAUACUACAGAUUACAGCAAUAGGCUUUAAUAUGCCAAGAGUUUUAUGAUCAUAGUAAUUAAGAAAAAUCUUCAUUAUUAUCUAGCCAGCCUUACCACCAUGCUGUACUCACAUAACAAGUUAUCAAAGGCUACACUUUAAAAGGCACCAGACUUAAUAAUUCUUUUGACAAUUAAAAUUAUCUGACCUUGCACUGUAUAAACUGUAAAUUAACAAAGUAUGGGGUACCUGGGCACAUUGUGUUUUCAUGGGUUAGAGAGAUUGGCAGUUUACUGUAUUGUACAUUGGCAGUUUUGUUAGCCCAUUUUAAUAAGGUGCAAGGGUCUCCCAUUGACAAGUAAAAUCAUUGGCUUCAGAUGGGGUAAAAUAACAAUGUAGGAUGCACUGUGCUUUAGUGCGUAUUCGUUUCUUGUGCGCAAUAUUAUUCUCUGAGUAUAAGGUACCAGUCAACUGACAAAUGUUACAAAGUCUCUGUUUUGUCUUGAAAGCUGUCAUUUACUUUUUAGCCUCUACUCGUAAGAGACUGGUGCCAGGAGCAGUGCCAUCCUUAAAUUUGCCAGUGAAGAGUACUGUUACUUCUGCAACAACAACACGACGAGAAGUUGUUCGACAUCAGUUGGAUAAACCUGUGGUAUAUCAUAAUUUGGAGAGCUUCAAGAAACGAAUUCUGGGUUUGAAAAUGAAGGGAUGGCUGAAAACCGAAAAUGAGGACAGUGUCAUUUUUGAGUUCUGGAAUCCAACAUUUUCCUUGCCCAAGAUAACUUGCUCUGUUGCCUCUGGUCUCGAUUUUUCUGUUGCUGUAUAUAACUGGUUUCUACCUGACGAUCAUGUGAUCUACAGUGAAUUGAAGCGAUCAGUAAAGUACACCAGCAUCUCAACCAUUAUUUCCAAGCUAGAGAGUUAUGAGAUUUGUGAAGGCCUCGACAAAAAUGAACUCACAUAUUCAAAAUGUGAAGACCCCAGUCCUAGCUGUAGUUCCAGCAGUGUCAUUAGGCAUACCAUUCCCAUAAAGCCUGAGAAUUAUGAAGAAGAUGGCCCUCCCUUUCAAGCCUGUAUCUUUUUGAGAUCACUAGAUUGUGAAUUGCUUUGUGGUAACAUUUCCUGCUCCAAUUGUAUCAAGCAAGAAAAGUCUGUCAGCAAGCAGAAAGAGAAACACAAUGUUCAACCACCUCAACCCCUAAAGGAUAAAGCACCUCUGUCCAAAUCAAGUAAGGAACGGUUGGUUGCUACAGUGCAGAGACAGAGAAUUGUCUGCAAGGAGCUUGAAGGUCGUAUAUCGCAGUUGGAAAAAGAGAUUGCAAAGAACAGCGUCCCUAUAGAUGAGACUUUAGAGAAAGAUAUUCUGGCAAUACUUGCUGAUAGUGGUGAUGAGAUCACCCCACAUAUGAGAGUUUUCUGGGAGCAACAACGGAAAAUGCUUGCAUCACCAAAGUUUGGAAGAAGAUACCACCCACACAUCAUCCGAUUUUGCCUUUCAAUCCAUGCCAAAUCACCAGCCGCAUAUAAGGAAUUGCGAGAUUCUGGCAUUUUGGUACUCCCAAGUGAAAAAACCCUGCGAGACUAUCGGAACUUUUUCACACCUAAAGCUGGUUUCCACCCUAAAAAUGUAGAGCGGUUGAGGAAUCAAACAAGCAAGCAUUUUGAUAUCCAAAGGUAUGUUGUCAUCGCAUUUGACGAGAUGAAGAUCCAGUCAAAGUUGGUCUUUGAUAAACAUUCCAAUGAACUUAUUGGUUUUGUCGAUCUUGGCGAAGAGGAACUGAACACCAGUAGUCUUGGUUCAACUGAUCUUGCCACACAUGCCCUUGUUUUCUUUGUUAGAGGUGCAGCCACAGAUUUGAAAUAUGCUCUUGGCUAUUUCUUAACCAAAGAUGUCACAUGCUAUCAGAUCAUGCCUUUGUUCUGGAAAGCGGUGUCUGUGCUCGAGCUUGUCUGCAACCUCUGGGUAUGUGCAGCUGUAUCUGAUGGAGCUUCACCAAAUCGCCUAUUUUUCCAACCGCAUGCAGGCCUAGUUGAUGCAGACUCUGGGGAUUUGGUACACUACACUACCAACUUAUUUGCCCCUAGCAGGAAGAUCUACUUCUUUUCUGAUGCCCCACAUUUAUUGAAGACUGCAAGAAACUGUCUGUUUAAUUCUGGCAGUGGCAAAUGCACCCGUUACUUGUGGAACAAUGACAAGUACAUGCUUUGGGAACAUAUUGCAAAGCUGUACUAUUCAGAUCUGGAUUUCGGACUACAUCAACUACCUAAGUUAACUGUAGAGCAUAUCCAACUCAAGUCCUAUUCAAAGAUGAAAGUCAGCUUUGCAGUUCAAGUGUUGGGCAAUACAGUGGCCGAAGCUCUCAAGCGGCACUAUUUAUCAGGAGAGGCAAGUGAAACAGCCAAGUUUUGUCAAAUGAUGAACGACUUCUUUGAUUGCGUGAAUGUCCGUUGAACAACUUCAGAGCAUCAAAGAAAGCGCAAUCCACGACUGGCUCCAUACCAACACAUAGACGAUAGCAGGUUUGAUUGGCUAAACAAUGAAUUCUUACCAUACUUGACGAGCUGGAAAUCAUCGAUUGAUUCGAGAGAAGGUCCAUUCUCAGAUGAUGACAAAGGGCGUAUGUUCUUGAGUGUCCAAACCUUCACUGGCCUGAAAUUUGACGGUAAAUUCAGUUGUUGCCCUGAGGAUUCGAGUUUGUGCUCACAGAACAUUUUUGCCAGGAUGUCGAAGAGUACUUUGGUUACCAGCGAGCACAAGGAAGAAGAAAUGAUAACCCAACAGCAGUUGAGUUCGGGUAUAAUGACCUCAAGAUUGCAACGUUGAGAGAUGUUGCACCACGGUCCAUUGAAGGAAAUGUUUCUGGACAUUCUGGUAAGCGAAGCAAGUGGUGCAAUGUCAGUGAAGAGCCGUUACAAAAAAAAAAGAACAAAAACCAACCAAGAAAUAGUUGUCUUGAAAAUGUUGUAAGUUCAAUAAAUGCACAUGCAGUAAUAUUGCGAGAAAUAUCCUUCACAAACUGAUUAAGGGGUGUUCCUUAUCAGUG